UUUCUUUGGGAAUCAUUGCCCAGCCUAAAUUUAAAAUAUCUUGUUUCUUGGUUUUCAAAGGAAAGCAGGACUUGUAUUUGCCUUCUCCUUUCUUCACAUCUCCAUCUCUUCUCAAUCCAAAAUAAGAACAGUGGAGAUGAAUAAAUUGAGCGACUUGAAGCACCUGUUUGUUACAGUAUUUCUUGCAAACUUCGCGUUGAAUGUGGUCCCUCCUGCCAUAACUGAUAUCACAGUUGGCGCACUCUGCCCUUCUCAAGACGAGUGCUCACUUGCCAUUUAUCUCUCUGGUUUUCAGCAAGCUAUCUUAGGCCUGGGAUCAAUGAUGAUGUUGCCAUUGCUUGGACAUCUAUCUGAUGUUUACGGAAGAAAAACUUUGCUCACAGUCCCGGUGGCUGCCUCCAUUAUUCCGUCAGUAAUAUUGGCAACUGGAAGAUCAACAAACUAUUUCUAUGCUUACUAUGCGGUAAAGACCUUCACCGGCAUGGUCAGUGACAGUGGAAUUGAGUGCCUCUCCAUUGCUUAUGCGGCAGCUAACAUAUCAGAAGAAAAACGUGUUUCUGCAAUUGGAUUUGUUGCCGGCAUAGGCUCUGCUGCAUCUCUCUUGGGUACCAUGGCUGCUCGUUUCCUCUCCACUGCUCAGAUCUUUCUGGUAGCAGCCAUUUCUUCAAUGGUUGCAACAAUAUACAUGAGAAUAUUUGUAAAGGAGACGAGCGGCCGUAUUGACAAUGAUCCUCUAAAUCAACCCAUAUUGAUCGAUAAUGGUGCAGAAUGUUCUCAAUCAAAGAGUGUGUCACAGAGCUUUAAGAAAGUCCUACCACUCAAGGAUAUUUUCUGCUUGCUGAGGAGUAGCGUGACGCUUUCGCUAGCAGCAGUCAUUGCUUUCUUGAAUGGUCUAGGAGAAGGUGGACAACAAACUCCAUUUUUGUACUUCUUAAAGGCUCGACUUCAAUACAACAAAGACAACUUUGCUGUUUUAAUGCUUAUUGGCUACAGUGGAGCAGCAAUUGGCCAGUUAUUCUUGAUGCCUUGGUUGGCUCCUAUUACAGCAGAGGAGGCAAUUCUCUGUUUAUCCCUCUUCACUGGAUUUUUAAAUAUGCUAAUUGUUAGCAUUGCAUGGGCAGUCUGGGUUCCUUAUGUUGCUAGUUUCUUGUCUAUCAUUGGCUUCCUAACAAGACCUGCUUUACAAAGCAUUGUUUCAAAACAAGUUGGACAAAAUGAACAGGGAAUUGCUCAAGGGUGCAUAGCAGGAAUAAGCUCAUUUGGCAAUAUUCUUUCUCCAUUAAUAUAUACCCCUCUAACAGAUCUAUUUUUAUCUGAGAGGGCUCCAUUCAAUUAUCCUGGAUUCAACUUGUUCUGCGUCGGCCUUGCUUGGUUGAUAGCUUUAAUCCCUAGUAUGAUGAUACAGUUUGGUCCCCAUAAUUCAAGACUUAAAAUCAGAGACGGUGGCUGCAGUUUGGAUGCCUAAAUUUUGAGGUUCAAAGUUGUUUUUUCUUUCAACUAAUUAAGAAAAUUAUGUAUCCGCUAGGAAGGUCUUCAUUCACUUAAAUCUCACAAAAAUUAGAAGAGAAAUUGUCUCAUCAAAUGACUGAGAUUAACGUUGAAUGCGUGCAAUUAAUUAAAGGCUUAUCUCAAAGGAAGUUAGUGUUUUCUUCUUUUGUAAAGGUCUUUAAUUAAUGAACCUUCAAUGUCAAGAUCCUCUGGUUUGGUGAAUGAUUGAAGAAAAUUUUGAAGAACCACAUUAAAGACUCAUUUGAAAUUUCAAUUCAAAA